AUCCCAUUGGAGAAACGUUCCCACUACUUAAGAGGGGGCCUCACACUUCCCUAAUGUCUGACCAGCGGUCCCAAUGGGAUUUUUGCUGAGUAAAGCCGCUAUUCGUUCACCUGCCGCACCGAUAGACCCGGAAGCAAGUGAUCACUUAACGCAGGGAGCUGAGAAGAGCAGGGUGGAACCAGUGACUCGGUUAUUUCAAGACACCAAGAAAAUAAAGUUAGAAGACAUAAAUCAAGCAAACGUCACAGGAAAGGAAGGAACUGACCCAAGAUGGAGUCCCAUGGGCUUUGUAAAAGAAAACGAUGGCCUGGUAAUGACAGAUUUGGAAUGAAGUCGCCUGGACAUUUUACCAAAGAGACCAAACACAAAAGUUGCUUUUGAUUAGAGGAUGUGUUCAACGUAGCAAUCGCCCACUAGGAAGUCUAACAAAAAGAAGGAAGGGAGGACAGGCCCUUCUGAAUCCAAGGUGGAGUUCAAUGGGCUCUGUUCUAUCCCUGUCAAACACCACAACAAUUUUUACUCAAUUUCUGAUCUUAACACACUUUACUGUAAUUAUGAUUGAGCUUUUAGCAGGUAAUCCAAAGGGGUCGAAGUGAAACAUGACUCCUUCACACCUCUUCCAGGGAGUUCUUUGGUACACUGUACUUCCAGUUUGGGAGUUUGCCUUGGAGCCCUCUGCCUUCCUGCCUGUUCUGUGAGAGAGCUCUGGCUUUCUAGGAAGGAACCAUAACUCACCUGCCUUUAGAAACACUCCACACCAUGAGUCUUUUCUGACAGGCUGCCUUCAUUUCAGAGUUAGGAAGUAGCUCCUUCCAAUUCGAAUAUUUUGUCGUGUGGUAACUAUCACUUUAUAACAUCUUGUAUGAGAAAAGCUAAACCUGUAUCUGUUGUCAAGAUAUCACAUAGUAUUGUUCCAAAUAAUAAUGGAUGUAAUGAAGACUACUUUGUAUCUGGAUAAGUGGUGACUUGAAAUCAUUUAUACAAUACAUGGGUUUCUGUUGUUGUCUGCUU